UGGACGCCGGUGCCCGGUUCCCUGCUUCAGAAGGAUGCUGACAGGGCGGGCCUCACCCUUUUGUGCGCUCUGCAAGAGGGGAGGGCGCUAGCCCUCUUCAGGCUUCCUAAGCCAGCCCUCUUCAAGGUGAAGGUAGUCAAGCCACAUACUCCGUUAAUUAAGUUCCCGGACAGAAAAAGUAGUCCCAGACCUAAAAUACAGGAAUCUCUACAAGCAAGUGUGCCAUCUCUCCAUGCUCUAAAAGCACAGGAGUCUGCAGGAGGCAGAUUGCCAGCAUUUCAAAAUAUGUCAGCUGCUAGUAGAGUACAAGGUACACCAGACACUUCUGAACUGGCAAGAACCUUACCUCAGAAAUAUAGAAGGAGGCUUAUGUCGGAUGAAGAGAUUGACUAUAUUCAGCGUGGAGGUCCGGAAUAAGUUUGGAUGGUAGUUUAUUGGCCACUGUUGAAGAAUGAAGUAUUGUAUUCACAAUAAAGGCAUUUCCUUCAUAUUAUAAAUCAUUGCAUACUAGUAGCUUUAAUAAAAAAAUGUAUGAAGGGGUGAGAAGGUCGACACAACACACUGUAUAUUCAUUUUGUGAUUGAGAAUUUUCUGUCGCUGGCUAACUAGCAAUUGAAUAUACUUGAUAUUCAUACCAUUAAAGUAUUUUUCUAAUUAGCCAUUUGCAAACUGGGCAACAGAACCGAGUAAUUGUAUGUUUCUACUGAAGAAGAUCGGCACGUCUCAUCAGGAAUGGUUCUAGGGCCAUGAAGGGGGGGCACCGAGGCAUUCUCGGAGGUCGUGGAGGCUGCGGUUGAUCUCAGCAGCUGCACAGCUUCGCUCGGGCAGUUGCGCGGCGGCGUUUUCCCCCAGCACCGGAUCUGGGGUUGGGAGCAAAUUACAAAGGGGUUCUUCCGGGAUCCCGUAACUCGCUCACCGUUUCCGCCGCUGGGGCCGGUGGCAGU